CGGGGAGGGAAGCGGAGACGGGGGUAGGGACAAGGGGAGGGGGAACUUAAAAAAACAACAACAAGCCCCAACCACCACACGCACAAAAAGGGGGGGAGAACCGGCGAGCCGACCUAGGCCUGAGCUGCAGCUGCCUUCUGGAGACCACCGAGCCGGGAGAGUAGCGAAGGAGCCGGAGCCGUUCAGCCUGCCCCUCAGAAGCGGGUGGGGCAAUCCAUCCUCGUGCCCCCCCAGUGGCGGCCCUGAGGGAAGCGAGAAGGGGCAGCCGUUGGCCCUCGGGAAGGCGGCAAGGGGCCAUUAUUUAUUGUCUUUCUCUUUCCCCCUCCAGCUCCCAACUUCCAGACGGAAAGGAGAGGAAUCGAGGAGGGACUUUUUUUAAAAAAAGGGGGUUCUUUUAAUCCUCUCAUAAAGCCUCUGUUAGGGGUAUAGUACCCCAUCUUUUUUGGAGGGCAUCCCUUCACAAAAUAUCCCUUGAAUUGGACUGGGUCGGGUGAGGCCCCCUUGAAGGUAAAAAAGCAAGGGUGCCUUUCUGUGGGGUGAGAGGAGGACGAGGACGGGGGCUGACUUAUCGCCCCCCAUAUAGUUUUUUCUGGAGCAAAUAGGAAAGGGAAAAAGACCCUCCCCCCAAUUCUCUUUGCUGAGGCAGAGUGCUUGGGUUUACUGGCUUGCUUCAUUUUUAUUUAAAAAGCCCCCGAGUGGUCUCUGGAUCUCUUGAUGGUGACCAACCCGAGGAGGAGCGGGGAUCCUUAAGGGGAGGGGAGGGUGGUGGGGGGAGAGAGAGGUAGGUUGGUGGUGAGUGUAGACCCCCCUUUUUGUGUGUGCGCGCUGUUGCUGUUCCUGUUGCCUGUUUCUGCUGCAAAGAAGGAAGAGGAAGAGAGAGAGACAGAGGCAAGGAGAGGGAGAAACACCAGCCAGGCUCCAUUUGCUGCUGCUCCGGCUUUUCCCUGGCCUCAGCCAUGGAGAACGCGCAUACCAAGACGGUGGAGGAAGUUUUGGCUUAUUUCAGCGUCAACGAGAGCACCGGGCUCAGCUCGGAGCAAGUCAAGAAGCUCAAGGAGAGAUGGGGUGCCAACGAGCUACCAGCUGAAGAAGGAAAAACUUUACUUGAGCUUGUGAUCGAACAGUUUGAAGAUUUAUUAGUUAGAAUUUUGUUGUUGGCAGCAUGUAUAUCAUUUGUGUUGGCCUGGUUUGAAGAAGGUGAAGAAACAAUCACAGCCUUUGUAGAGCCUUUUGUAAUCUUACUGAUAUUGGUAGCCAAUGCAAUUGUGGGUGUGUGGCAGGAGAGAAAUGCUGAAAAUGCCAUUGAAGCUCUUAAAGAAUAUGAACCCGAAAUGGGUAAAGUGUACCGACAAGACAGAAAAAGUGUACAAAGGAUAAAAGCAAGAGACAUAGUCCCUGGUGACAUUGUGGAAGUAGCUGUUGGUGACAAGGUACCUGCUGACAUAAGAAUUACUUCCAUAAAAUCUACAACUCUAAGGGUAGACCAGUCAAUUCUCACAGGUGAAUCUGUAUCUGUAAUAAAGCACACGGACCCUGUGCCUGAUCCUCGUGCAGUGAACCAAGACAAGAAGAACAUGCUCUUUUCUGGUACGAAUAUUGCUGCAGGGAAAGCUAUGGGUGUGGUUGUGGCAAGUGGUGUGAACACCGAAAUUGGCAAAAUUCGUGAUGAAAUGGUGGCCACUGAGCAGGAGAGGACCCCACUUCAGCAGAAGCUGGAUGAGUUUGGAGAGCAGCUGUCGAAGGUCAUCUCACUUAUAUGCAUUGCUGUGUGGAUAAUCAACAUUGGCCACUUCAAUGAUCCUGUCCAUGGUGGCUCCUGGAUUCGGGGUGCCAUCUACUAUUUCAAAAUUGCUGUGGCACUUGCUGUGGCUGCAAUUCCGGAAGGCCUGCCUGCUGUCAUUACCACCUGCUUGGCUCUGGGCACUCGCCGGAUGGCCAAGAAGAAUGCUAUUGUUCGAAGCCUGCCAUCCGUGGAAACCCUGGGCUGCACUUCUGUAAUUUGUUCAGACAAGACCGGCACUCUUACCACCAACCAGAUGUCAGUUUGCAGGAUGUUCAUUGUGGACCGAGUGGAAGGGGAUGGCUGUUCUCUGAAUGAAUUUACAGUGACUGGCUCAACAUAUGCUCCCAUGGGAGAAGUGCAUAAAGAUGACAAACUUGUCAAAUGCUGUCAGUACGAUGGUCUUAUCGAAUUGGCAACUAUCUGUGCCCUUUGCAACGAUUCUUCUCUGGAUUUCAAUGAGGCUAAAGGAGUGUAUGAGAAGGUUGGUGAAGCUACGGAGACUGCCCUCACAUGUCUGGUUGAAAAGAUGAAUGUGUUUGACACAGAGUUGAAAGGACUGUCCAGAAUUGAACGAGCGAACGCUUGCAACUCGGUGAUAAAGCAACUCAUGAGGAAAGAAUUCACCCUUGAAUUCUCAAGGGAUAGGAAAUCCAUGUCAGUGUACUGCACUCCAAACAAGCCCAGCCGGACAGCCAUGAGCAAGAUGUUUGUUAAGGGUGCCCCUGAAGGGGUAAUUGACAGAUGUACGCAUGUCCGUGUUGGAAGCAUCAAAGUGCCAAUGACGUCAGGAAUUAAGCAGAAGAUCAUGAGCGUCAUCCGAGAGUGGGGCACUGGCAGAGAUACUCUGCGUUGCCUGGCUUUGGCAACACAUGACAAUCCACCAAGAAGGGAAGACAUGAAGUUAGAGGAUUCUGCCAGUUUCAUUACUUAUGAGACCAACUUGACAUUUGUUGGUUGCGUGGGAAUGCUGGAUCCCCCACGAAUUGAAGUGGCUUCAUCCAUAAAGUUAUGCCGGCACGCUGGCAUCCGUGUGAUUAUGAUAACUGGGGAUAACAAGGGGACUGCGGUGGCUAUCUGUCGUCGUAUUGGCAUCUUUGGGGAAGAGGAGGAUGUCACCACAAAAGCCUUUACUGGCCGUGAAUUUGACGAACUUUCCCCAGCUGCCCAGAGAGAUGCUUGCCUCACCGCCCGCUGCUUUGCCCGUGUGGAGCCUUCCCACAAGUCUAAGAUUGUUGAGUUUCUCCAGUCAUUUGAUGACAUCACAGCAAUGACAGGAGAUGGUGUAAAUGAUGCCCCAGCGCUGAAGAAAGCAGAGAUUGGCAUUGCUAUGGGGUCGGGCACUGCUGUGGCAAAGACAGCUUCAGAAAUGGUGCUGGCUGAUGACAACUUCUCAACCAUCGUAGCAGCUGUAGAAGAGGGCCGUGCAAUCUAUAACAACAUGAAACAAUUCAUUCGCUACCUCAUCUCCUCCAAUGUUGGAGAGGUUGUUUGUAUCUUCCUGACUGCUGCUUUGGGUUUCCCUGAAGCUUUAAUCCCUGUCCAGCUGUUGUGGGUAAACCUGGUGACUGAUGGGCUCCCUGCCACUGCUCUGGGCUUCAACCCUCCUGAUCUGGACAUCAUGAACAAACCGCCUCGUAAUCCUAAAGAGCCCUUGAUCUCUGGGUGGCUCUUCUUCCGUUACUUGGCAAUUGGAUGCUAUGUUGGAGCUGCUACGGUGGGAGCUGCGGCUUGGUGGUUUAUUGCUGCUGAUGGUGGCCCAAGAAUUACCUACUACCAGUUGAGCCAUUUCUUGCAGUGCAAAGAUGACAAUCCAGAGUUUGAAGGUGUUGACUGUGUGGUCUUUGAGUCUCCAUACCCUAUGACGAUGGCCCUUUCUGUCUUGGUCACUAUAGAGAUGUGUAAUGCUCUCAACAGCUUGUCAGAGAACCAGUCUUUGCUGCGGAUGCCUCCAUGGGAGAAUGUCUGGCUGCUGGGUUCCAUUUGCUUGUCCAUGUCUCUUCACUUCCUCAUCCUUUCUGUGGAGCCACUGCCACUGAUCUUCCAAAUCACACCUCUGAAUGUGACACAGUGGCUGAUGGUGUUGAAAAUCUCGCUGCCCGUCAUCCUGCUGGAUGAGACACUUAAAUUUGUGGCGCGUAACUACCUAGAGCCUGGUAAAGAUAGUGUGCCACCUGCCACAAAGCUAUGCUCUUUGUCUGCAUGCACCGAAGGGAUUUCCUGGCCGUUCGUGCUCAUUACCUUACCCUUGGUUAUCUGGCUGUAUAGCACAGACACUAACUUUAGUGACAUGUUCUUGUCUUGACCUGAAGUGAUAACAGUUUGACAGAGAGAUGUUUAACUUAAUCAAUUUUUUUAUUGUUUAAAGCAAUUGUCUUAUUCUGCUGAAUUUUCACAUGAACAUAAAUGCCGGUGACUGAGGUUCCAUAUUAUACAACCUGCUGUCCUCUGGGUAUUUGGGACUACAAUUCCCAUCAGCCCUAGCUGCUGCAGCUGUGCUAUCUGGGGCGGAUGGAAGGUAGUCCCAAACAUCUGAAGGGCACCAAGUUGGGGAAGGCUGGUCUAGACCUUUUGGGUUUUUCUUUUUUUUCCCUGACUCCAGUGGGGGAGUAGUAUUCUCCCCCCCCUUUUAUACACAACUAGGGUGUCCAUUGAAAUGUACAGAGAAAUUAACACUAUUUUAUGCAAAUAUUUUUUGUAGAGGAGAAGCAUGUACAGUGUUCUGUUUAAUAGUCAACUCAUCCUUGUAAAAACAAACAAAAACGUGUUUUGCGGGGGCAGUGCCAGUGGACACUAUAUUGAGCAAACUGUAAUUGGUAGCAGAUUUUAGGGAAUGAAUGUUUUUGUGUGUGUUUUUCUUAAACUAAAAGCAUGCAACUGUUUGUGUCUUCUGCAUGGUCAUCUAAUCUUAAUUUGCCAUUCCGCUGGUUUUUUUCUGCACUGGGCAGACUUAUCCUGCUACCUCAGUAUCUUUUCUCCCUCUCCUCCCCCAACAUUUUUUGCCCUUUCCAAUAUUUUUAAAUUCCAGCUAAAUCUUGUUUACGCCUGUCUUUGAGAGAGGUAUGCCUGUCUGUGCUGGUGCAGAAAAUACCAUUCCAGGGGCAGCCUGUUGCUGUUUUUACCCCUAUCCCUCCCCAACACAUGUAGAUUUUCUUUUUAAAAAAAUUUAAUUAUUUAUUUAAAUAUCUUAUGUAUUUUUAUUGUAACAGCAUUUUCACCAGCAUUGCCCAGUUGGGGAGGGUGGGGGAGGAGCAGAAGAGGUAAAAGGCUACCAGGAUAGACUUCAACAAGGAAAAAAGAAUAAAUGAAUAAACUUUUUUAAAAUUGAGAAAAUUCUGUUUUUCAUUUCCUUCAUACCUCAGAGGCUGUUCUGUUUUAAUCAGCAAAUUCCAUGUGUUAAGGUUUUUUUGUCCAUUUUUUUGUAAUGCGGCAUUUAUAAUGGGACCUGAAAACAAACAACUCACAUUUGCACAGGUGGAGUUUUCGCUGGGUUUUUGUUCGGUCUCUUAACUAUCAGUGCCACAUCUUGGGAUAUCGUCUGCUGGCCACAUCUUACCCUGAAGUGGCAAAGUAACAAAUUGUGUGUGUGUGCGUGUAUGUUAUGUGUGUUUUUGUAAAAUCUGUAAAUACCACAUGACCAAAUGAACAUAUUGUAUAGUACUAUUUUUAUUUUUAAUGUGGCACUAACCACCAUCAUUCUAUUGCGGAUAAAUGUUAGCGCAUGUCGUGUUUUUCCCUCCAAAUUGAGUCCUGUACCAACAAUGUGUAAGUUCAUUAACAGUCCUAACUGUGUGGUGUUUCUCUCCAAUGCCUUCCAACAUUCAUCGACCGAAGUGAGUAUCUCUCUUCCAUUUCACCAUUCCAGUGGUGAUGUGCUGUGUUAAAAAAAAGAUAGCAUAUGCUGUAUACAUGUCAAAGAAUAAAUGCUAAUUUUUCCUUCA